AUGGGGAACCCCCACUGUGACGCCGUGGUCAAGGCAGAUUCCAGUUCUGGCGAUGUUGCUGAUGCACUUAGACAUCGGAUAGCUGUGCUAGAAAAGCAGCUAGCUAGUAAUGGCAUGAAGCCAGCGGCUAAUAUGGAAGAAAGCCUCCUGAAUGAAACGAUGGGGUUCCAUGACGCCAUCAGCAGAAUUGACCACCGCAAUGAUCAGAGCUGGAGGUACAUGGGCCCAUUUAAAUGGGUCGUAAUGGUUUCCAUUGACGAGAUCUUGCUUUGCAUAUUCAAGAGUUUCUACGCUUGUAGGGACAGACCUCCUUUCCAUGAUGAAGCUCCACACUUUUACUUGAAUCCCUUAGAUAAGGAAAUCGGCCUAUUUCACAAACCUACAGUGAAGGGAGAGCAUGAAACGUUACGAAUGAAACUUUACGAUACUUUACCAAGCGUCAGAGCUAUCAAUAUGCUUCUUGACAGGUUCUUCAAGAUCGCUUAUCCAUAUAUGCCUAUUCUCGAUGAGCAAGAUUUCAGGUUGGCGGUUGGAAAGCUUAUUGGUGCCAAACUGGGAGAUGACCAGCGUGCUAUGAUAUUGGGAAAUGGUGAAACUGAUCCUGCCGUGUAUGGUCUUCUAUUGGUGGCGCUCCGUACGGCUUAUAUUACAUUAACAGGCGGGUCCAACCAGACUCCCUCAUACUGUUUUCACAAUAGCAAAGAAGAGCUCGAAUAUCUCAGUCGCCAGCGCAUUGGAGCUGAUUUCAUCGACUUGGCUAACCAAUGCCUCAGUGUUUACAACAUGACGGGUGACGUAUGCCUAGAAGCGUUCCAGUUAGUGACUGCUCUCCGUGUCUACUCCACCAUCGCCCCAGAGCACACACGUUACGAUAUCAAGUCGACCACGCUAUCAUCGCUCCUGAACCAGAUUGCUUAUAGCUUAUGGAUAAAUCGUGAAUGGCGCCGUGAUAGGCCUGAUUUUGACGAGAAGAGAGAUUUGCUUCAGAAGAAACUUUGGUACACUCUCGUUUUCCUUGAAAUCGAUCAGUCCCUUUUUUCAGGUAACUAUAUGGCAAUUGGUCCUGACACUUUUGAUGCCGAAUUACCAGCUUUCAAACCUGAAUUUUUGACUGGGUUUGAUCCAGAGAGUGAGAAAAUGGCGAUUGAAAAUAUCCAUUGGCUCGAAGGUUACCGUGGGGUGCUUACAGAAGGUAUAAACUUGACAGGAAAAGUUUCCGGGAAUAUCAAGAUAAGCGUACUAGAGAAGGUUAUUCAGAAACUUGAGACGGCCUAUGACAGCCUAUUGAAUCACUUGCAUGGCGGUAAAUCAACGCCCUCGUUGACAACUAAAGAGUCAUUCUUCAGAUUCUCGAAACUCAAGUUGAUGCUCAGCCAGCAUUAUUUCAUUGUUGGUAUCUAUUCUCAUUUGAUUUACUAUUACACACGGAAGAAGGAGUUUUAUACAGCUAGCCAGUGGAGAUACAAGGUUGUUCAUAAGCUUACAACUUUCUUGUUUCCAUUACUUCCAGAUCUCGUUAACCAGACUAUGACCAUUGUCAGUGGCUCAACUGAUGUAUUUAUUUGCGGACCAUUGAUCCAGUGCCUCGCCCAGUGCAGUUUAUUCAUAGUAUCGGCCAUGGUACGUUACAGCCACGUUCAGAGGGCAUUGGAGAGCCAGCAUAACCACAGAGUGCUUCUUGAAACAAGCGCAGAAUACCAGGAUUUCUUUACAGAAAUCCAAAAGCACAGGAAAUUAUUAAGGUUCUCCAACCAGGUGGUCCUCAAUGUUUACGAGCUUAUGAAAGACAAGUAUGAAUCGGCAAGAAGAUUCAGUUUAAUCACCAAGAAAGUCACCGACAGUUCGCUCCCAACAGAGUUUGUCUUAAGAGACAGGUUGAUGAAAGCGGGUGAGACUGAAGUGAAUGGACUCCGGCAGUGUAACGUCAUCAUGGAACAGUGCAUGGAUGAUCCGGCUAUCACGGCUUUGGCCAAUGAUUAUAGCUCGACACUGCCUACAAUCUUUCACCCUUCGAAAGAUAUUUUGACAUUAUACUGA